UGUCUGAAUACGUCAUCCCCAAGCGCCGGGCAGUUUGACAGCCGGGUCUUUCUUCUCUGCGCAGCAGCCGGUGUCUCUAGAAGGUUCUGACUGGGACCGGGUGGAGAUACUUUAAUCUGAGGCCAUCCUAAGCCGAACCGCGGUGUAUCAGCUCCGGGACUCAUCUGUCCCGUUCUGAAGACUUCCCUUAACAUUUUCCACCGAUUAUCAAGUCAAGAUGCCCGAAAUGAAAGCAGCUCCGAGAUCCUCAAACACGGGGAGAAACAAAGGAGGGGCGUAUGUGGACCGCGACAAGCCGGCCCAGAUUCGGUUCAGUAACAUCUCCGCUGCUAAAGCUGUUGCAGAUGCCAUCAGAACAAGCCUGGGACCGAAAGGCAUGGACAAAAUGAUCCAGGAUGAGAAAGGUGACGUGACCAUUACCAACGACGGCGCCACCAUUCUGAAACAGAUGCAGGUGCUCCACCCUGCCGCCAAAAUGCUGGUGGAACUAGCCAAAGCCCAGGACAUUGAGGCUGGCGAUGGCACCACCUCCGUGGUGGUGAUUGCCGGAGCGCUGCUGGACGCCUGCUCCAAACUGCUGCAGAAAGGUAUCCACCCCACCAUCAUCUCCGAGUCGUUCCAGAAGGCCGUGGAGAAAGGCGUGGAGGUGCUGACGGCCAUGAGCCGGCCGGUGCAGCUGAGCGACCGCGAGACGCUGCUCAACAGCGCCACCACGUCGCUGUGCUCCAAGGUGGUGUCCCAGUACUCCAGCCUGCUGGCGCCCAUGAGCGUGGACGCCGUCAUGCGAGUCAUCGACCCGGCCACUGCCACCGGCGUCGACCUGCAGGACAUCAAAAUCAUCAAGAAGCUCGGAGGGACCAUCGAUGACUGUGAGCUGGUGGACGGCCUGGUGCUGACUCAGAGGAUCUCCAACACCGGCGUGUCCCGUGUGGAGAAGGCCAAGAUCGGCCUCAUCCAGUUCUGCCUGUCCCCUCCCAAAACUGACAUGGACAACCAGAUCGUGGUGUCGGACUACGCCCAGAUGGACCGGGUCCUGCGCGAGGAGCGCGCUUACAUCCUCAACAUGGUGAAACAGAUCAAGAAGGCCGGCUGCAACGUGCUGCUCAUCCAGAAGUCCAUCCUCAGGGACGCUUUGAGCGACCUCGCACUGCACUUCCUCAACAAAAUGAAGAUCAUGGUGGUGAAGGAGAUCGAGAGGGAGGACAUUGAGUUCAUCUGCAAGACUCUAGGCACCAAGCCCAUCGCCCACAUCGACCACUUCACUGCAGAGAUACUCGGCACGGCCGAGCUGGCGGAGGAGGUCAACCUGGACGGCUCCGGCAAGCUGGUCAAGAUCACCGGCUGUACCAGCCCCGGGAAGACGGUGAGCAUCGUGGUUCGCGGCUCCAACAAGCUGGUGAUCGAGGAGGCCGAGCGCUCUAUCCACGAUGCGCUGUGUGUUAUCCGCUGCCUGGUCAAGCAAAGGGCUCUGAUAGCUGGUGGCGGUGCUCCAGAGAUCGAGCUGGCCGUGCGUCUGGCGGAGUACUCGCGCACUCUGGCCGGCAUGGAGGCCUACUGUGUGCGGGCGUACGCCGACGCCCUCGAGGUGAUCCCCUCGACGCUGGCUGAGAACGCCGGCCUGAACCCCAUCUCCACGGUGACGGAGCUCCGCAACCGGCACGCUCAGGGAGACAAGAUGGCCGGCAUCAACGUCCGCAAGGGAGGAAUCUCCAACAUCCUGGAGGAGCUGGUGGUGCAGCCUCUACUGGUCUCCAUCAGUGCUCUGACUCUUUCCACAGAGACGGUUCGCAGCAUCCUCAAGAUCGACGACGUGGUGAACACCCGAUAAAUUGAGUCUGUCCCGUGAGUUCUGUCCACUAAGCCUGCUCGUACUGCGAGGGAUCAGAGGACUCUGUCAACGUCUGUCUGUUCACAUUUCCGCUGUAGUUGUUACGUUGCAUAAUUUAAUAAAAAGGCUUCUUUUUUUUUGUUGACACUCCA